AGUAAACACCCGCUAGAGUCGUCCAGUAAACACCCGCUAGCUCAUGAGGACGUAGCUGGUAGAACCGGAACAGGAGAUCGAGGAAGAAGUUAUGUCUCCGGCACAAAGCCAAUUGGUCGCACCGGGUUCUCUAUGCGAGGAAGAUGAAGCCUGCCUCCAGGCCAUGAUCUUCUCGAGCAACCACGUCUUCCCGAUGGUCCUGAAUGCCGCCACCCAGCUCGGGGUGUUCGACAUCCUAGCCCAGGCAGGGCCCAAGGCCCAGCUUUCACCCUCCGAGAUUGCCUCUCAGCUCAAAACCACGGACCCUGACGUGGCAGCGAGGCUCGAUAGGAUGCUCCGGCUCCUCGCGAGUCACUCCCUCUUGACGUCUUCCCUGAAAAACCUCGAGGAUGGGAGGGUCGAGAGGUUGUACGGCCUCACCCCGGCCGCUCAGUUCUUUGUGAGGAAGGAGGGCGAUGAGUCGUUAGCUUCACUCACGGCCCUCUCCUGUCAUCCGGCACCACAGCAAGUCUGGUUACACUUCAAGGACGCGGUGAUUGAAGGAGGGAGCCAAUUCAAGAAAGUUCACGGGGUGUCGAUAUUCGAGUACAUGGACAGUAACCCGGCCUUCAACACCAUCUUCAACAAGGGGAUGGUCGCUCUUUCCACUAUAAUCAUGAAGAAAAUUCUUGAAAUAUACGACGGAUUCGAGGGACUGAGUUCACUGGUCGAUGUGGCCGGAGGGACCGGGAAAAGCCUCAACAUGAUCGUCUCUAAGUACCCUUCGAUUAAGGGCAUAAACUUUGAUUUGCCCCAUGUCACCAAGGAAGCCCCACCUUAUCCCGGCAUUGAGCAUGUUGGUGGAAGCAUGUUUUCAAGCAUCCCUAAAGCAGAUGCAAUCAUGAUAAAGGAUGCCCUCCACAACUGGAGCGACGAAAACUGCGUGAAAAUACUCAAGAACUGCUAUGAAGCGCUCCCGUGCAAGGGCAAAGUGAUUGUGUUGGAUGUCUUACUGCCGGAGGCACCGGAGUCAAGCAUGUACUCGAUGUACGUGUCGAGGCUUGAUAACACAAUGCUGAUGCAGCCCGGCGGGAGAGAGAGGACCGAGAGGGAGUUCAAGGCACUGGCCGAUGCAGCUGGUUUCUCCAAUUUUAGGGUUGCCUGUUGUGCUUGCACUAUUUGGUUUGUUAUGGAGCUUUACAAAUCGUGAGAAUCUUAUGGAAUGGUCUACUCAUCACAUGUUCUAUGCCGUAUGAGAUCCUUCGUAAUGUAGUCCAUCUUUUAAUCUCGUGGGUUUGGUUAGCACUGCUUUUAUGCAAGAGAAUUUUCUAAUAUUAAUUUUUAAGACCUAAAAAGUUAUUAGUUUUGAUGAUGUAUGCUUAUUCUUAUCAUGUAGAGUCAUCUUGUUGUAGUCUAUAAUGACAAAAAUCUACCAUUGCAACCGUGAGCA